GGGUUGUCUUGAUAUGGGCGGGGCUUUAACCGGUAUGUUAUUUUAAGCAUGCAAUUGAUAUGGGUUGAUCAGAAAUUGUUAUAUUUAUUGCUGAUUAUAAAACUAUUUACAUGACAGCAUCAGCAUUGAGCUUCAGAUCAAUGGUUUUGAUCACGAUAACAAACGAACUAUAUUCAGAACAAGUUUGGCAACAAUGAAUACAACACAUGCGGUUGCAAUUAUGAAGUAAAAUGUAAUGAACAAGAGUUUUCAUCUCAACAUAACUUUAUUUUUUUAACUUUUAAUUAAAAACUGGUUAGAGCCAGCUGACGGUUUAAAAAAGAAAAAUAAACUCCGACAGGCGGAGACGCAACGCGAGGCGCAUUCUACCAAGCACCACGUCUGAACAAACCCCACGUUUACCAGAACUCUUCUCGUUAAUAAGUACUACAAACCGAAAUAAAAAACAAACCUGACGCUGAAGAAACCCUAAACGUUAACGGAAAAGACCCGCAAACCUGAGUGACUGAGGGAGAGACAGAUAGACAGAGCGCUGUUCUCUUCUCAGUGUUCUGUGUGUGAGUGAGCAGAGCGGGAUACAGUCAGCAACACAAUGAGGAUUUUUAUUCAAUCCGAGCACAGAUAUUGACUCGUAUUACUCGUAUGAUACUCGUACUCGGCAAAAGUGCUUUAUCCGUACCGGAUACUCGUUUCAGCCGAGUAUCCGGCUCAACUCUACUGAUAACGUUGUUAACUGAAAUUACAGCUGUUAUUGACACCAGGCCCAGCGAAUGCCAGGACCUGGAAUGCACCUAUCUAUGACGAUAUUGAUAGGAUGAACACAGCCUUCACAGAACAAUACCAACGACUACUUCUCUAGCCCCGCCCACUGGUUCGUGCAUGAUAAUUCUGAAGUAACACACGUGGUUCGGAACCAGAUAGAGCGAGCAAGCAAUAAACAAACAUGCCGUUAAAGAUAGAUCAAUAUUGUGCCAUCCCUGGUUGUGGAAGAAUACAGUCGCUGCAUAACCUUCCUUCGAAUUCGGACAUUAGUAAUGUGGAAAAAAACAUGGAGCGUUUGCUGUUUCAUUUCUCCGAGAAUUCCUUUGUGAACAAGGCAGAGAUUGACACGGAUUUGUGGAAUGACUAAAAUUUAAAAGCAGUGCUGUGUCGUCAAUUUUGGAUCCGAUAGGAAUGGUGCAGCAAUCUUGUGUGAGUAAAACAUUUUUGUACUAUGCGCACAAUGCUUUGUUAGAGAUCGCUUGAUGUGUUCUGAGCACUAUUCGCACAAGAUUAGUAUUACCUAUGGACCUCAGUCAUUUGUUAUACUUGCAGAGGUAGUCUGUGAUCCUAAGCCUGUGCGAAUCAGCAUCUCUGUGACUUGACGGCUCAUUUAUCAUUUUUCAAGGUUUUAUCCACCGUUUGGGAAUAAUGGAGGUUAUUUUGAAGUGUUCUGGUAUUAUUUCGGGUGCUGGGUGAUAUCCAUAAGUUACCGGGAGUCUCCCAUUUGUUUAUUUAUCAUGGAAACUCUCAUAACAUUUGAGACCCGCAAUCGUGGUGAUCUUUUUUCCGGUUCGCGAUCACGGGUCUCAAAUGCUGACAGGUACAGUCAUGUAUCAUUAAACAUCCAGGAAAUAAGUCAGUCAAAUCAUCUCACGUGAAUGCGUCACAUGAAAUACUGAUGUGUGGAGGUCAUUUAUAAAUCCCUGGGGGUCUCCAGAUAAUACUAAUGCCGUGCGAAAACAAGCGUUUGUCGAGCUGGCCUCAAAACCAGUUAUAGUCUAUUACUUCUUGAUUUUUAUUUUUUUCAAUGUAAGAAUCAAGCAAACGUCAUAACUAUACCUCAUUCAACAGUAUAAAACAAUAAACAAGGCCAGUUCAUGAGUCCUUUAACAGCAGACUGUAAUUAGAGCAGUAUGUAAACAUCUCGCGGAGAGAUCACUUGAUAGCAAUAACACUAGGAACUAGAAAUGAGUCACAUUGUCAUAAACAUUAUCUAUUAACCCAACUAUUAACCCCACAGUUACACCUCCGUUAACCUUUGUUCAGAAGCUUCCAUAGCUGAACUUCUUAACAGAAAACAAAAGUAAGCAAUAACGCUCACUCUGUAAUACUUCAUGGACAAAGAAAUAUAGGACUUCUAAAAAACCAGGUGGUUACACAUCGUCAUGGUAAAUAUCCACCUCAGAGUUGAUUUGUUUCUAGUUACAUAUAUGGUUGCACUUUCUGCGUGUGUGCAUAUUGGUUCUCAACACAAACAAGCAACUUUUUCGUCAGAUCUUCAAACCUCGGAAAUAUCUUCAGAUAGCCAAGAAAUGGACAUUAUUGGAUCAGCGGAGCUAGAAAAAUCCAACGGCACAUAUCCCAGCACUGGAUUUCGCUCCACAUGGCCGUCUGUACUCGGCACUGUGAUAGCAGUGCUUUCCAUCGCCCUCAUGAUAGCAGUGGCUGUGAAAUACCAUCUCUUCAAGAGCUGCCAACUUAGAAACUCACAUGAAUUGCUCCUAGAGGGAGAUAGAGACAGCCAGUAUAGCCACGCCGGGGCUCUGGAGGGGGGUGUGGCAGUGAGAGGCAUGAGGGGCAGAAUGAUCGAUACGAGCGAGGAUAAUUCGGGUGAAGAUGAUGAUGGCUUCAUUGAGGAUAACUACAUCCAGGCUAGCGAGAGGGAGGACUAUCAGGAAGAUGUCGAGGACACGGAUGAUGAGCUGAUCAUUUCAGAGUCAGACAUUGAGUAAACGGAUUUUGUCCACCACUACACACAUCCUGCUCUAUAUGUUACACUUCCUUCUAAUCAUAGGGCAUUAUCACUGACUCAUGAAUGAGAGUAAUAAUAGACUGGGACUAUGAAUGGACUGUAAAAAAAACUAUGAUUUUGAUAUGGGUAGUUGAUAAUAUAACGUACAUGUGUCCUAUAUGGUGUGACCUAGCAAAAAUUUUGAAAAACUUGAAUGAAUAUAAAUCUCUCUUAUGCUAUUUCAUGGUAUAUUCUAAAUUUAAAUAAUAUAAAAUAAGCUAUUAUUAACAGUUUGUUUUCUUAACUUUUGCUGUCACAACAUAAAACAAAAUUAGGAUUUAUUUGCCAUUUUCAUUAUGAAACCAAGAUUUCAUGUAUUUAGAUAAAGUUUUAUACUCCUUUUAUACUUAAGUGUUUUAAUGUAAAAUAGGCACAAUAAACCAUGAUGAAUUUGA